CACAAUAUUUCUUGUUACGUUCCCCCUUUAUUUAUAUUUGUGUUGCAAUUAAAUUUGCGUUAAUUUCGCUGUUGCGUUUAUUUAAAAAAUAAUCAAUUAUGGCCACACCCGAGGUUGAUAUGCUCGCCGUCUCGGCGCGAUCGCGCAAAACAAGACGCGCCAUUUUGGGCUUUGCGCCACGCAUUGGACUCUCCAUUGUGGACUAUACCGAAACGGAAAGAAGCGACAACUUUUAUUUGGAGUGUCAAAACUAUCGCGACUACUAUCGCGAUCCGUAUAAUAAGCUGAACAAGCCUGAUAGAUUCAAGCUGCAUCAAGGACGUUGUGGCAUUAAGCUGGACAAGAGCGUCGAGGAGCUAAUGAAGCCAGCGGAUUGGGUCACAGAGCGGCAGCCUGUGGUGUAUCCCAUUGAGUAUCGUUCGUAUAUGAAUCUGGGCAUUGGCUUCGAGGAGAUUUUCAAAGGACGCUUCGAUAAGGACAGUUGUGUGCGCUACAAGCGCUGAAGGGUGCAUCUCUGGUGUGCUUCAUAUAAAGUGCAAAGAUCAGUAAUGAUUUUGAACAUUAUAUGAAUUUUAUGCAGUGCAAUAUUAAAUUAAAGCAAUAAAUAUCAAAUUGAAAGACAAAAUGCAUGUGGAGUGAAAAACUUUAAUCACUAAAGUUAGUCCCAACUUGUUUUUGAUAUAAAUAAC